GCCUUUUAAUUUGACUUGGGUUAUUUGUUAAUUUAACUGAUUAUAAUUUUUGCGCGGUUUAUCUGUCAUGCAUCUCAUUCCUCAGUGCAAGAGAGUGAGGGGUCCAUGUAUGAGGUGGCCGGACGAUGACAGGAUAAGCGAUCUAGCACAUGAAGUUAUUGUUCAUAUCCUAUCAUUCCUGUCCCUGAAAGAAGCAGCGAAAAGCAGCACCCUUUCCCGGAGAUGGAGAUACUUGUGGAUGUACACCUACCGCCGGUGGGACUUCGACGCCUCGAAGACACUAUUCCUUCUGCCGCUGAACGGAAACCUCCGUGGCGAAAGGUACAAGUACGUGAAGUGGGUGAGUAGUGUGUUGAAAUUGCAUCGUUCUUCUCACCUGGAAGAGCUUCGGAUAAGGUUUGACCUGUCUAGGGAGCACUCGAUACACAUGCAGAGAUGGGUUAAGUUUGCCAUUGAGAAGAAGGUCCAGAGGUUUGAGUUGGACUUGUCGUCAACUCCGGGAGACACGCCAUACUCUACACAUCAAUCAUCCCUCCAGCCUAACAAAUUUCUACUCCCAAAUUUGGGACAAGUCAUCAAGAACCCUAACAACCUCAUAUAUUCUGGUUGGGAUUUGAAGAUUGAUAAUGGGGAGGCUCCCUUUUCCCAGCUGAAAUCACUCACUCUAAGAUCCGUUGAAAUUUACUCAGACGCUGUGGAAUAUCUGUUAUCCAACUGCCCCUUGCUUGAACAUCUAUGCAUUGAAAGGUCAAAAGCAAUGGCUUUCAAAAUUGUUGGCCCCCCAUCUUUAAGGUUGAAGUCACUUGAGAUUUUACACUGUCUUCGUCUCGUACAAAUGGAGAUCUAUGCGCCAAACCUCGAAUCGUUCGCUUAUGUCGGAAAUAUGAUUCAGGUUCCUUUUAAGCACGUUUCUAAUUCUAUCUCCGAUCUCACUCUGGGGAUGGACUAUGGUUUAAGCUUUCUAUCCUACCCGAAAAGACACGUCCACUAUUUUAAGCAUGUCAAGAAACUAGCAAUAGACUAUUUUGGUGAUGCGGUACGUACGUCUGUGUAUUAUUUUUAUAUGUCCAAGUUUUCGAACUUUUUUAGUCCCAUUUCAGGAACUUUACCUUUAAUUUUAAACAUUAAUUAUUCGUAUCUAAGAAAUAAAAGCAUCAUAGUCCUAUUUUGAAAUACACAAACAUUUUAACCCAUAAUUUCCCUAGUUUAUAUUUUGACUUAUUCUCAUCGUUUGUUAGAGGUACCGCAGACGCAUACCAGAAAACUUUCCAAAAAUGAUUUAUUUGAAGCAUGUGGAAUUGAGAUGGGAAGAAGCCGGUCAUGCUAGCCUUGUCUAUCCUUUGACUUUGGUAAAGGCAGCUCCGUCCUUAUGCACGUUCAAGAUGGAGGUUCGUUUCUCAUCCUUAUUUACUCGGUAUAAUUUUCAAAUACGAAGGUGGAAGCUAAGCCUCUAACACACUCUUUCAAUAUUUUAAAGUUUGUUAUAUUUGUAAUUUUUUUAAUAAAAUACUCAAUUAUCUAUUGGAGCUCCCAAAUACCAAGGUCAAAAUGCUACUAGCACUACAAAAAAACACACGGAAUUGGCGGAGAUUUGAAAACAAAUCAGGAAGGAUUUGAUAGGGCCAAUCCUAUGACCUUUUUGUAGUGUACUAUUUCUACAAUAUUUAUUAGUGCUUUUAUAUUCUCCUUAAUUAUUGUGUCAAAGUCUAUUGCAGUGAUUUUAAAAUAACUCGUCAUUUGAAUGAUAGACUAUGUGGAAACUAAUUUAGGCAUUUCACAAGAUUUCUAAACUAAUAUAGGAGUUUCACAAGAUUACAUGGAGCGGAGCUUUGAAGCACACUAGUCGUCUAUAAUCAUUAUAUCUUCGUCCGUUUUUAUUUAGUCAUCUUUGAAUUUUCCAAUCAAAUAUGAUAAAUUUUGGUCCAAUAUUAUUUUAACAUCAUUGACUUCAAAAAUAGUGUUUGAUUAAAUAAAAAUGGAGAGAGGAGUAUUAUAUUGCUUUAUGAUAACAGAGAAUCAAGCUAGAGUCCGACUAGUAUGUAUGAUAGGAUGAUUAAUGUGCAUAUCAGUCGUUGAAUUUAUUUUGAUAUAUCUCUCUCAUGCCGUAUAUAUCUUUUCAUUUUGCAUUGGGCAGAUUAUUUUACUGGGUGCGGGGUGGCCGAAAGCCAUGGUACGUACGCACUCCCUAUGCUAGCUGGAACCUUGAAAGAAAAACUAGUAGCACAAAAUUCUAAAGCAUAUGACAUUUAGGAAGUGUUUGCAAUUGCUUCAACUUUAAAAAAAUGAUUUUUAAAAGUAAUUUUGGGAAAAGUGAUUAAUAGUAAAAGUUGGUAGUGUUUGAGAAAACAGUGAUUCUGAAAAAGUAAAAGUUGGUAAUGUUUGGUAAAAUAAGUACUUUUUGUGUAAUAGAAAAAGUGAAAAGCAGUUUGAAGCACCCUUCUACCUGCUUCCAUCUUUUAGCUUUUAGGUGAUUAAUUUAAGCAGAAGCUGUCAUUUGAAAACACUCUUUUUAGCUUUUUUUAAGCCAAAAGCUGAAAAACGCUUUUUUAAGCAACCGCAAACACUACUUUAGUCAAAUAGCCAAAUAGGGGAUUAUCUAUACUUGCUUAUUCUUAAAACGGAAAUUGCCCUAAAUAGGACUAAUGAGUUCCUUGAAAGCACAAAUAGGACUACUACUUUUUAAAUUCCCUAAAUAGGACUAAACAUAGAUUUUCUACCCUAAAUACCCCUAAGAGUAUUAAUUCAUAAUGAAAUGCUUUAAUUCAUAAUAAAAUCAUAAAAAAACGUAAAAAAUAUUUAAAAAACGUAAAAAAAUUAUAAAAAAUUUAUAAAACAUUUAUAAAAUAAAAAAUUUAAUUUUUAUUUUUAUAAUUUUUUUUUUAAAAAAUAAUAAAAAAUAGUAAAAACCCAUAAAAAAAUGAAAAAAAAUAUGGAUACAUUUCCCACCGCCAUCCGCCGCCUCCCAGCACCACCACCUCCGAUUGGUGAAAUUUCUUCCACUUUUGGUAAAAAAAUGCCAUCUUUUUCUGAAAAUGCCAAAAAGAUCGCAUAAUUACUCUUCAAUAUGCCAACAUUUUCAUUGAAUAUGCCAUCAUUAUGGCAUUAUUUAAAAUGUUGGCAUAUUUUUCUCCGGUGAUGGGAGCUGGUGGUGGCAGGGGCGGUAAUGUUUUUUUUUUUAAUUUUACGAUUUUUUUUUAUUUUUUUUAAUUUUUUUUUAAAUUUUUUUUUUAAAUUUUUUUAAAAAAUAUUUUUAUUAAUUUUCUAUUAUCUUUUUACGAAUUUUAUUAUUUUUUUUCGAUUUUUAUUAUUUUUGUAUGAUUUUAUUAUUAAUUAAGACAUUUCACAAGUUACAAGGGUAUAUUUGGCCAAACACACAUAAAUAGUCCUAUUAAGGGAAUUUAAAAAAUGUAGUCCUAUUUGUGCAAUUUUGCCACUUUUUAGUCCUUUUUAGGGAAUUGACUCAAAAAUAUAAUCCUUUCAUGACAUUAGAGCAUACUCCAUACAUUUUAACUGAAAUGUGCAGUAUAAAAGGUACGAUGUGAUGUUAUUUGUACCUUUUAUUCCGCACAUUUCAAUUUCACCUAAUGCACACUUGAGUUUAAAUUUUUAUUCUGCACAUUUCAGUUUCACCAAAUGCACAGUUCAGUUCCACAUAAUACAAUCCAACGGUCCAGAUUCAUUCUCAUUUCUGUCUUGGGAGUCCGUUC